AAGGAAGCCGGCUGUGGGGGAAGGGCUGUUGGGUCCGGUCGGGCUGGGGUAGGCGGCGGCCAUGGGGGUCCCCAAGUUCUACCGGUGGGUCUCGGAGCGGUAUCCCUGCCUCAGCCAGGUGCUGAAGGAGCAUCAGAUUCCAGAAUUUGACAACUUGUACCUGGAUAUGAAUGGUAUCAUCCAUCAGUGUUCACACCCUAAUGAUGACGAUGUUCACUUCAGAAUCUCAGAUGAUAAGAUCUUUGCUGAUAUUUUUCACUACUUGGAAGUAUUAUUUCGCAUUAUUAAACCAAGAAAGGUUUUCUUCAUGGCAGUUGAUGGAGUGGCUCCAAGAGCAAAAAUGAACCAGCAGCGUGGGAGACGUUUUAGGUCAGCAAGAGAAGCAGAGGACAAAAUAAAGAAGGCUUUAGAAAAAGGAGACGUUCUCCCUACAGAAGCCAGGUUUGACUCCAAUUGUAUUACACCAGGGACUGAUUUCAUGGCCAGGUUGCACGAACAUCUGAAGUAUUUUGUAAAUAUGAAGAUUUCCACAGACAAAUCCUGGCAUGGCGUAACUGUCUACUUAUCAGGCCACGAGACACCAGGUGAAGGAGAGCAUAAAAUUAUGGAAUUUAUCCGAUCAGAGAAAACGAAGCCUGAUUACGAUCCAAACACAAGACAUUGUCUGUAUGGUUUAGAUGCUGACUUGAUUAUGCUUGGAUUAACAAGUCAUGAGUCACAUUUCUCACUUUUAAGAGAAGAAGUCAGGUUUGGUGGCAAAAAAUCCCAGAGAGCAUGUGCCCCAGAAGAAACCACAUUUCACUUACUGCACUUGUCAUUAAUGAGAGAAUAUAUUGACUAUGAAUUUUCACCAGUAAAAGACAAGAUUUCCUUUCAAUAUGACAUUGAAAGGGUAAUAGAUGAUUGGAUCUUAAUGGGGUUUCUUGUAGGCAAUGACUUUAUUCCUCAUCUACCUCAUUUACAUAUUAAUCAUGAUGCACUGCCACUACUUUAUAAAACAUAUAUGGCUAUCCUGCCAGAACUUGGAGGCUACAUUAAUGAAAGUGGGCAUCUGAACUUACAACGCUUUGAGAAAUAUCUUACAAAAUUGUCAGAUUUUGAUCGUGAACACUUCAGCGAAGUCUUUGUCGACCUAAAAUGGUUUGAAAGCAAAGUAGGCAAUAAAUACCUCAAUGAGGCAGCUGGUAUCGCAGCAGAAGAAGCAAGACGCCAUAAGCAAAAGAAACAGAAGGUUCAGGAAAACUCCAUGUGUUUGGCUGCUCUAGAGAAAACUGAGGAUGGAAUUAUGACUUCUUCUAAAAAUGCAUUGGAAGAUGAACAAGAAGAUGAAGACCUGUUUGAGACUGAGUUCAGGCAAUACAAGAGAACAUAUUAUAUGACUAAGAUGGGUGUGGAAGUAGUUUCAGAUGAUUUCCUGGCUGAUCAGGCUGAAUGUUAUGUCCAGGCAAUACAGUGGAUUUUGCACUAUUACUACCAUGGGGUUCAGUCAUGGAGCUGGUAUUACCCUUAUCAUUAUGCACCUUACCUAUCAGACAUUCGCAAUAUCAGUAAACUCAAAAUCCAGUUUGAGUUAGGAAAACCUUUCAUGCCAUUUGAACAGCUUCUUGCAGUACUUCCAGCAGCUAGCAAAGAUCUGCUACCUAAAUGCUACGAGCAUUUGAUGACUAGCGAAGAUUCUCCAAUCAUAGAAUACUAUCCUCCAGAUUUUAAAACAGACUUAAAUGGAAAACAGCAAGAAUGGGAAGCAGUAGUAUUAAUCCCAUUUAUUGAUGAGAAACGAUUGCUGCAAGCAAUGGAAUCUUGCAACAAGUGCCUAUUGGAAGAUGAGAAGCGAAGAAAUACUCACAGUGAGUGCCUAAUGUACUGGUAUGACAAAGACACAGAGUUCAAAUACCUGUCACCGUGGCCAGAGAAGUUCCCUGCCAUACAAAGAUGCCACACCAGGUAUAAAACAAUAUCUUUGGAUGCCUGGCAUGUAGAAAUAACCCACAAUAAGAUAACUAAAGUUAACAAGAGCGCAUUGUAUUUUUGUGGGUUUCCCACUCUAAAACACAUUGCACAUAAGUUCUGUCUUAAAAAAAGUGGGGUACAAGUAUUCCAGCAGAGCAGCCAUGGUGAGAAUAUGCUGUUAGAAAUCAUAUGUGACCAGGAUUCAAAAGAGCAGUCUGUAGAAAAUGUAGCCAGUUUGGUGCUUGGAAAGUCUGUUUUUGUUAACUGGCCACACCUUGAAGAAGCCAGAGUUAUUUCUGUGUCAGAUGGAGAAACUAAGUUUUAUUUGGAAGAGCCACAUGGAACACAGAAGCUUUACCUGGGAAAAACUGUGCCACCAACUAAAGUGGCAUAUGUUGGAGAGAAAGAACAGAACAUCUGGUUGAAAGACGUUCAGGGGAUUUCAGAACACUACCAGAGGAGAAAAGGAAUAAUUAUAAAUGAAACCUCAGUAGUUGUAUAUGCCCAGUUACUCACUGGUCGUAGAUAUCAGCUAAAUCCAAAUGGUGAAGUUUAUUUGGAGAAGCAGUGGUCAAAACAAGUUCUUCCUUUUGUUUACCAAACUAUUGUCAAGGAUAUCAGUGCUUUUGACUCUCGUUUCUCCAACAUCAAAACCUUGGAUGAUCUGUUUCCUCCUGGAAGUACAGUCUUUAUGCUGGGGACUCCUUACUAUGGCUGCACAGGAGAAGUGCAGGAUUCAUGUGAUGUUAUCACAGAAGGUAGAAUUCGUGUAGUUUUCAAUAUCCCGUGUGAACCCCAGCUUGAUUCCUUAAUACAGAACCAGCAUAAAUAUUCUGUGAAGUACAAUCCUGGAUAUGUUUUAGCCAGUCGUCUUGGAGUGAGUGGAUAUCUUGUCUCCAGGUUUACAGGAAGCAUAUUUAUUGGAAGAGGAUCCAGGAGAAAUCCACAUGGAGACCACAAGGCAAAUGUGGGCUUGAAUCUGAAGUUUAAUAAGAAGAAUGAAGAGGUUCCUGGCUACACUAAGAAGGUUAGAAAUGAAUGGAUGUAUUCUUCUGCAGUAGAGCAACUUCUUGCUGAGUAUUUAGAAAGGGUCCCUGAACUGUUUAGUUAUAUUGCCAAAAAUAGUCAAGAAGAUAUAUUCUAUGAAGAUGAUAUUUGGCCUGGGGAGGACGAGAAUGGUGCUGAGAGAGUUCAAGAAAUUGUUGCCUGGCUAAAGGCGCAUCCUGUCAGCGCUUUAUCUCGUUCAUCUUGUGACUUACAAAUUCUGGAUGCAGCUAUUGUAGAGAAAAUUGAAGAAGAAUUAGAGAAGUGCAAGCAAAGGAAGAGUAACAAGAAGGUGCGAGUGACGGUGAAACCCCAUUUGCUGUAUAGACCUCUAGAACAACAGAAUGGGGUUGUUCCAGACAGAGAUGCAGAGUAUCGACUGUUUGACCGUGUUGUCAAUGUGAGGGAGAACUUUUCUGUUCCAGUUGGUCUUCGAGGUACCAUUAUAGGACUUAAAGGAGCAAGCAGAGAAAUGGAUGUACUCUUUGAAGUGUUGUUCGAUGAAGAAUUCCCUGGAGGCCUAACAAUAAGGUGCUCACCUGCUAGAGGUUAUCGUCUGCCAACAAGUGCCUUAAUUAACCUAUCUCAUGGUAGUCGGUCCGAAACAGGAAAUCAGAAAUUGACAGCCAUAGUGAAACCACAACCAGCUGUGAAUCAUUACAACUCAUGCCCAUCUGAGUCGUCGUCUGUAUGCUCACAAAAAGUGCAUCUAGGAGGUCUCAACCAUUCUCCUCGUUCCCUUUUUGUUCCUACUCGACAACUGAAUGGAAGACAGCAUUACAAUCUCAGGGCUGAAAAUCAGGGCAAUUCCAUUUCACUACAGAAAGGAUCAUUUUUGGGCAGCAAUCAGAAACAAAAAGCUCAGAGUAAACAAGAUGAUGAAUUUUGCAGCAUUUGGCAAUCACUGCAAGGGUCUGGAAAAUCUCAACAUGUUCAACAAAAUAUGAAUGAAAAGGGUGCAAUCCUACCUCAAGAAACAAAGCCAGGAACUGGCAACCAGUUAUACAAACCAGGCUUCAAUGAGAGUACCCUUAAAGGCCAGCAAAGAAAACAGGAGCCAUUUAAAAAGUUUAAAGAAGAUUCUAAAGUUCCAAGAAAUGAAGGUCAGACACACAAAAUAUCAAAUAAACAGAAUUUUGCAGGAGCAAAUAAAUAUAAUGUUAAGCUUUUGAAGAGGAAUGAAAGUCCAAGUGUGCCUGUAAUUCAGAAGGCUUCAGUUGAUGAGUCCUGUAUAGCUGGGAAGAAGGACUCUGAACUUGAAAACCUUCUAGCAUCUUUGAAAAUCUCCAAAGAAAAUGAAGUGCAAUCAUCUUAUCCCAAGGAAGAAAGAGUCACCAAUGAAGAACAUCUGUCUCCACAGUCUUUUGCUAUGAAAGGAACACAGAUGCUCAAAGAAAUUUUGAAGAUUGAUGGCUCUGACAUAGAAACCAAGAAUGAAAUGAAGCCACUGAUUAAUGAAGUUCCUGCUUCCUCUGCUAGGCAGGAUUCCCAUGGGGCUGCCAUGCAGCAUAGACAAACAAAAAAAAUGGCUGCUUACAUGAACAAGCCUCAUGGUGUAGGAGGCCCUCAUAAUGCUCAGGCUUUGGAAACUGGAGGUCACCCUCUCCUUGGUCCACAGUCUGCGUUGUCUACCCCAGUAUCUGAACUCUCUCGUAUUUGUUCCCUGGUUGGAAUGCCACAACCAGAUUUCUCCUUCCUCAGAACACCACAGACCAUGACAGUUUGUCAAGUAAAAUUAUCCAAUGGCUUAUUAGUACAUGGACCUCAGUGUCACUCUGAAAAUGAAGCCAAGGAGAGAGCUGCAUUUUUUGCAUUACAACGAUUGAGCUCUUUAGGAGUGAACUUUUCUUUGCCGCCACCUCCACCGGUGUUUCCAAAUUAUCAGUCGAUGGGAGCUCCUGUACCACCUGGAUCCAUUCCUCCAGUCUUCACCCAGCCCACUGCUAAUAUGAUGCCUCCAUCAUCUCACAUGUUUGGUCCAAUGCCAUGGAGAGCUCCAGUGCCUAUUCAUGGCAAAUCUUACUAUCCCGGUUCAUAUCCUGGGAACAUGUCUCUUGCAGGAACUGUACCAGUUGGUACUCACAACCAGUUUAUUCCUCUACAGGUAAUUAAAAAAAGGGCUGCUAGCAAGAAAAAUUUCGAGUUCAAAGAAUUCCAGAGCUCCCUUCAAGCUGGACCACUAAAGAAUGAACAGCUAAUGUAUUCUGAAACCAACAAGCUCAUUCAACAAGAUACUUCAGCUCCUUUAAAAUCUCCUCAAGCUGUUCAGUCUGCUGUUUCUUUUCAAGACAACGUAGCUACUCCAGGCGUUCCUCAUAACAAAUCAACACCAAACAUUUCUAGCAAACGAAAGCCAAGAAAACUGGCUGUCAACUUUGGUGCACCAAAAUCUUCAGAAUAAAUACUGUAGCUAGAUUGAUUUUAUCUUUCCUCUUCCCCCAGUGUUUUUCAUAUAAAUUUAGGAUUUUUAAGGAGAUAUAUAUAUAUCCUUAAAAAAAUCAUAGUGCUAUUUAGAAAAAUCAACCAUUUUAAGUAUGAUUUUAUUUUUCCUCUUAUCCCAGUGUUUAUAAUCUCCUUUAAAAAAUCAUAAAGCAUUAUUUUAAAAAAAUAAGUAUAAUAAAGAGUGAAAGACAUUUCAGUUUCUAGGCUUUUCCAGGCUGUUGAUAAAUACUUAUAAAAACUUUGUUAAAAUUUGAUUAAAGAUCUUAACUUAAACUGAUAAAAGCCAGAAAAUCCUGAAUUAAGGUCACCACACGAUCCAUUGGUGCCUAGGUCUCUGAAUAGUGGCUUACAUUCUAUAGCGGGUGAGCAGCAAUAAUAUUAGAGUGGGACUCCUAAUUCAGAAUUGCCUUGCUUUUGCGGUAGGAUAUGGGGCAGUAAUAAGUCAGGCACGGAAUAUUGCUUAAUACGAUCUUUUGUAUUUUAACUCCUUUUUUAUAAAAUAGAGAAGGCUUUUAUUUACCUGUAAAUUUCAUAUUUAUUGGGUCUCUAGGUCCUCCUGAUCUGAAAGAGUGGAAUAGAACUUAACUGUGGUGGCACUGCCAGAUUUGCUGUCACUACAUUCAUUUCUAGGUUUCAUACCAAACGGUAGCAGUUCUAAAACUCUCAGAAGUUAGACAUCAUUACAUAUCUAGAAUUAUUGUUACAGGAUGAAUUUUACAAAAUGGCAAAGUAGAUGGGUUGCUGACAGAGACAACUGGCUUAUAGAAUACAGCAAAUGCAAAUUGACUUGCAAACAAAAGUUCUCACUUCAAAUUAUAUUAAUAAAGUUGCUAGUUAUGAUUCAUUUUAAAAUCUGACUCCAUUUCACUUUACUAGUUAAUCAACAUAGAUAUCCACUACAUAUCCACAUGCACUUCUUCAUGGACUCCAAAAGCCACAAAAAUCCUGACUUUUUCUAAAUUAUAAAAUGAGUAGAGUGCAAAGGUAUUUGUGUGUAUAUAUAGCAUGUUAAUUAUCACUUUAUAUCUAAAAGAAGAAAAAAACUGAAAGAACCCUGUACUACCUUAUGAUCCAUGCAAUUCUCAUUCAUCAUAAAUGAAAAUUGUAUGGAUCCAAAGCAAAACUUGGUCUGAUGUCUCUUCUCAUUUGGCGCACUCUGUAGAUGUUGGCUGGGUCUGCACCACCAUUUUUACCUUAUUCUUGUCUGUCCUGGUGAAAAUACUUUUCCGCAAAACCCUAGAAGGAUUAGUGAUAUGUCAGACUUUAAUCAGUGAUUCAAUACAGUGUCUCUAAGCAGACUUCAUGCAGCACAUGCAAGUUUGCAGAAUUUUCCUCGGUUUCUUAUCUUGCUAUUUUGCCAUGGUAACAUAGCUUCACUUUCCUAUGGUAGUGUCCAAUUUCAUCUCACAGAUGUUUCUCUUGCUAAGGUUUUUGAUUCAUUUUCCCAAAACUGUUUUUGUCUCCUCUCUGCUGUCCUGCCUUUCAGGGGUCUUUGAUAGCUAUUGCUAUUUCUAUCCUUCCCAUAGACAGUGUGUUCUCUCAGAAAUUUUAUUUGGUCGUUUUUGGCCAGAUACUUGUCUUCUGGACCUCUGAUACUCCAAUCCUUUUAUAGUAGUCUGUACAUAAUCAUAAAACUCUUCUGGUUAAUCUGGAUUGACUGUACCACAGAGAUGACAGACUCUGUAUGUGGAUCCAGUAUAUUUAAACUCUGAUUCCAGAAAUCAUGUAGUUUCAGGAUUAUUUUUAUGUCGUGCCUUGUUAGUCAUUCAAAAUCCUUGCACAUCUCCAGGCUAGAAUAGCAACCUUCAGGUGUUUACACUGAUUAACUUUUGUACAACUUUUUUUAAGGAGAUAGUGUCUCUCUCAAUAGCAGCUAGCUCCUACUUAGUCUCAAAGGUUCAUCUGUAUUCUGCUGUGUUGUGUGCUUUUCCUUAAAUCUAAUGCUUUCCAAUGUGAGUUCAUUCUUCACAGUGUGAAUUUUAAGAUCUUUAAUUAUUAAAUUGAUUGAAACAAUUUCUUGUUUAAUUUAGAUUUAUAGGGUUCAAAAUCCUGUUUCUCAGCGGCGACAUCUAUCAAAAUAUAUUAACUCUGUCGUAUUUAUAGAGAUUUGCCUUUUAGAGGGUCUUAAGGAGCAUUCCAUUAAGUUGACCUUCACAAUGUAUCUCAUCAACAUCAUUAGGGAUUAUGUUGGCAUGAUACUGAUGCUAGCAUAAAUAUUUUUAAAAUGUUGCUUUUCCUAACUAGAUUUCCAGACUCUUUUUCCUAGUCUCUUGUACUAUUAUUUGAUCUCCAGGGCGCGAUCUUUUGAGAAGCUUCCAUUAUGGAGAAAACUGGAUUACGUUCUGCUAGCACACCUACAAACCUUCCUAAGAGAUUCUAAUCUCCAUAAAACCUUGUUUUUCAGUGUUAUCCCCAAGAUUACGUGGCUAGUAGAUGCUGGGUGUGGGUACUAGAGUCACUGCUGAAAUACUGAAUUACAUAGUUUAUAAUGUCCUCUUGUAUCUAGAUAGCCAGAUAUGCAGAUAUGUAAAGAAUGAUUUGUGAAGGAGACUAUGUCAAUGCCAGUAUAAAUAAACCAUUUGUUUUCUCAUGAAAUAGUUACUUCUUUCAAACCAGGAGCUGAAUUUUUUCCCAGUGCCACUGAAACUGCCAUACUAAAUUUCUAUACAUAAGUUAAAUAUUUGAUUCUGUAUCUGCUGUGUAUUGUAUUAGUCCCUAUUUCCUAGUUACCCUUCCUGUCCAUUUUAUCUGUAUUUAUGGGUUCUGUAAUGUCCAGAACCUGGUGCCCAAUCAACUUACUUUAGCAUUCACAUGUUCUGUUACAUGUGAUAUGUACAUUGUCCUAAGCCGUAUCAUUUAUUAUUUCAGCUCUUUUGUUUUAUAUUCUAUGUCAACUCUGUAAUUAUGUUUAAUUCAUACAGGUAUAACUUUAAACAUUCAUUUUUCUCAUAGAUAUAAAGUAUUUUGUAAGUACUGGAAUUUUUCAUUAGAUCUUAUACAGAGCAGUAUUUUAUUAAAAAUCCAGAAGGGAAGACUUUUAUGUGUGCAUUUUUGUAGUUUGAUUUUUUUAAAAUAACUUUUCAUUGUUUAUCUGCCAAGUGAAAUGUUUUCAAUUUGCAUAUGAAUGGAAAUGGAAUGUAUUUUUUUGUCCUGUUUAGUGUUAAAUUGCGCAUUUGCAGAUUUCUAGCAUGUAGUUGCAUAAAGGACUGUGCAAACAUAUUUUAAAAUAUGAACAUAAGAUACACUGAAGGAUAAAAAUUAUUCAUAAGAGUUAAAUGCUAUACAGAAUUUUAAUUCAACAGAAUAAUUUUAUAAACCUGAUUGUUGUCUGCGUCUGCUUGGAUUAAAUAUUGAAACUAGAAACAUUA